CCACGAUCGUUGUUUGUGAUCGUUCGCCGUUUAAAAAACAUACAACUACGGAUCGCCGGUGGAAAUAUUUCCGUAUACCUGGUACCUUGCAAAAAAAUCGUGUAAUAAAAUUAUGGUAAACUUCACCACACCCCGUUGUUGAGAUAUUAGCAUUGGCGAUUCACAAUCACCAUAAUUUCGUCCAUUUCUUUAAUGUUUUUUGGCCUUUAAUCGCGAGUGCUUAAAGAAUUUCCAAAUGUAAGGGACACCGGCUCAAACCGCCUUUUUCGGGCUCUAGCGGUGCGAAUACGAAAAUAGUUCGCGAAAACGCAGCAGGCGACGCGUCUUUUUGGCUCUCGAAAAGGGCAGGCUGGAAAACUCGAAAACUGGAGCCAAUAAAAGAUACAUACAAGAAAAAUAAGCGAGUGCGCGAAAUCGACUGCGUGUGCGCUGCAAAUGUGUUUGUGUUGUGAGUCAAAAAAAAAAAAAAAAAACAAAACAAACAAAUAAAACUAGUGUGAAGAAUAGUUUGUGCUGUUUAAACAAUUAGCCGCAAAACAAACGCCGGAGUGAUUGUAUCUGUGUGUGUCUGUACGUGUAUUUGUAUCUGUAUCCCUGGAAUGCGCCGUCGCGCAUGCGCAAAUAUUUGUGAUUUGUUUUGAAAGGGGAGAAGGAGCAACAGAGAAGGAGCUAUCGAGAUAGGGAGAGAGAGAGAUCGAGUGAGAGGGAUCAGAUUGGAAUAAAAAACACAUCUCCUGGCAUUCGCAAAAGUGACUUGACAAUAUGACUCCGAGGUCGUAGACUCCGGAAAACCAAGGCGAGGGACGGCAGAGAAACACCGAAACGACACAAGGCGAACAAGGAACCGACACGAAAAUGUCCGGCAAUCAACAACAGCAGCAGCAGCAACUACAACCACAACAACAACAUCAGCAGAAGUCAUUAACUAACAACGCGACAGCAACAACCACAAACGGAGCAACCACUUUGGGCCAUAAUUUGAUAAAAAUAAAUAGCGUUGACAAAAUAAUAGGCAAAACCCAGGCAGCGCAGCAGGCAAUUAACAAAUUACAGCAGCAGCACCAGCAACAGCAACAACAACAGCAGCAACAAAUCCACCAGCGACGCUCUUUGUUACCAGCAACAGGAGGAGCAGCAACAACAACAGCAACAGCAAGUCCCCACCAGCAACACUCAUCGCAGCAACAAAGCGGAACGCCAACGCCAGCAGCUCAGUCGCCAGCCCAAAAGCAGCAGCAGCAGCAGCAACAGCAGCAAUCACAUCAAUUGCAGACGGUGGCCACAAUACACCAGCCGCACUCCACGCAGCAGCAGCAGGCAUUGACUUCCCGCCUGCCCAUCCAGCAGCAAUCCGCUAAAGAAUUGCCCAAUUUAGGUGGCCAACGUCGCAGCUUCCACUACCAGUUGCAACAUCAUCAUCAGCAGCAGCAGCAACAACAGCAGCAACAUCAGCAGCAAUCUCUGCGCAGCCCGCAGCUAAAGGCACCGGCACCCGCUCACUCCAUUCCACCAAGAUACCAGCCACCCCCUCAGCCAGCCACCGGAAUCUUGAAGCCCCACUUGCCCCUCAAGUAUCCACCGGAUAUCCCCCAGUUAUCCAGCAUCUACAUACCCGACUCCAUCAAGCAGCAACAGCAACAGCAGCAGCAGCAACAGCAGCAGUCGCGCUAUUUGCCACACCAGCCGGCAGCGAAGGAUAUGCUGAAGUUUGUGCGCAAGCCGGACCAGGAGCACCCAUCGCCCAAUGCCUCGGUCACGUCCAGCGGCACGGGAAUACCCUCGGCCAAUGGCGUUGGCGGUGGUCGACUGACCGCCGAGCAGAACCGCCAGCUGCAGUCGCUGGUGAACGAGCUGCGGGCCCUGAAGGAGCAGAACCAGCGGCUGCUGGACGACAACCAGGAGUUGCGGGAUCUGUGCUGCUUCCUGGACGACGACCGGCAGAAGGGGCGCAAGCUGGCCAGGGAGUGGCAGCGAUUUGGUCGCUACACGGCCAGCGUGAUGCGCCAGGAAGUGGCUGCCUACCAGAACAAACUACGUCAGCUGGAUGAUAAGCAGCAGGAGCUAAUCACCGACAAUCUGGAGCUGAAGGAGCUCUGCCUGUACUUGGACGAGGAGCGUGCCCAUGUGGCGGCCAAUGCGCUGUGCGCCGGAUGCGGUGCCGCCACCAGGAACGCCCUGCGAGAUGAUGGGGAUGGCUCCAGUUCCAGCACGAAUGCCGAUGAGACCAUCACCGCGUUGAGAAACUAUGCAGAGCAGCGGCAGCUACCCCAGGAUCUACGUCAUGCCCACACGCUGAACGACCAGACGCUUCAGUAUGUGCGCUCGCUGGAGCGACGCAUCCAGCAGCUGGAGGAGGAGCGGACCACGCCCACGGCCCACCUGCAGCACCCGACGACGCCCACGCCACAGGCCACGCCCACACCCACGGCACAGCUCACAUCCGCAUCCGCAUCCUCAUCCGCAGCCAUGCCAGCCAAAUCAGCGCCAUCGCCCCACCAGCAGCAUCAGCAGUCCCAGCAGCAACAGCAGGACAUUGUGGCAGCUGCAGCGGCGGCAGCAGCGGCUAUUCAGCUACCAGAACCCAUUGCCGGUCGACCGGAGGCAGUGGUCCGUGCCCUCCAGGUGCUGGAGGUGCGGGAGCAACUGGAGCGCGAUCGCCUGGGCAAUCUGGCCGGGAGCGCCUUGGAUCAGAUGGACGAUGGCGAGAAGGCGCUGGUGCGCGAGAUGUGCAACGUGGUGUGGCGCAAACUGGAGGGCAGUCCACAUGGACCACCAGCCCUGGAGCCACUCUAAGUUGGAGCCACUCUAACCUAAACCGGGCUAACACGUAGACUCUAAUGUUUAAUGCUAACUUAUGCCGUAAUAUUUAACCCUAAACAUUGUACAAAGCUCAAACCACAACCUAAGCUUAAGCCAACGCAGAAAGCGAAAGAAUACUCAAAAAAUAUUUGGGGUACUCCAGCAACUGAUUUAAGUUAAAGAACAAUAAAUCUGUCAAUCCAUAGCUCAGCAUAUGUUAAACUAUAAUGUUUUUACCACUGAUUUUAUAUCAUUUAAAAUGUCACUUUGAAGUUAUUUUACCAAUUAAGCAAGCAGAUACAUUUAUAUUGCAAGAUUCAGCUUCAAAAUCGAGCUUUAACUGGUCUUAAAGCUUGACGAUUUGGAUGCCAAUGAUGACUCCACAAAAUCAAAUAAUCAACGCAAUUGUUGUUUAUUUUCGAUUUGGACCAAUUACUUUCUUGGGAUCACUCUUUUUAAUUAGUUUGUAACUCUGCUAAUCAGUUGAUGGAGUAUGCUUACAAUUAUAUUUUUUACUUAUUAUAAACUUUGACUGUUAUUUUUGAAUGCCAAGAGAAAAACUACUUUCACGAAAAAUUUGCUAACUCGAAAUACAAUGCAACAAAUAUUUCCAUA